CCUCUCCUGCUUCUUUCAGAGAUGGCGGAUUCCUAUACCUAUAAAGGUGGAAGGAAAACUGCAGGCUCGCACAAACCCGCUGCCAGCAAGGAAAGCAGGACAGAGACAAGGAUAAACCCACCGGCAGAGCUGCCCAAGCUCGGGAAUGCAACCAGUGACAAAUCCGAAGGCAGGAAGAAAGGACGACCCAAGGCUGAGAACCAGGCACUGAAAGACAUCCCUCUCCCCCUGAUGAACCAGUGGAAGGACGAAUUCAAAGCCCACUCCAGGGUGAAGUGUCCCAAUGCAGGCUGCUGGCUGGAGUUCCCCAGCAUCUAUGGCUUGAAGUACCACUAUCAGCGCUGCCAAGGGGGUGCAAUCUCCGAGAAGCUGACGUACUCGUGCUCGUACUGCGAAGCUGCCUUCACCUCCAAAACCCAGCUGGAAAAGCAUCGGCUCUGGAAUCACUUGGAUCGGCCCGUGCCAACCAGCAAAGCAGAAAACAAAGUGCCCAAGGCCAUUGGGAAGAGCAGUGGCAAGAAAAGAGCUGCUGAGAGUUCAGCUUGCCCCACCAUCCAUCCCAAACAGGCAAAGACGGACAAAGCCGUGGGCCAGGGCCACGCGGAGAAUGGCGAGUGCCUGGCGGAGAGCAGGGAGAGCAAGGAAUUCCACAUCGCCGGAGCCGAGGCCAUGGCAGCCGCCACCCCCACGGCCAAGUCCUCCAGUGGCAAGGACACCAUGCAGCAGGGGAGCAGCCAGGCCUCGCUUCAGGAGGAAGACCCCGAGAGGAUGAAGCACAGAAGGAAACAGAAAACUCCUAAGAAGUUUACGGGGGAGCAGCCGUCCAUCUCGGGGACUUUUGGGCUCAAAGGUCUCGUUAAAGCAGAGGAUAAGGCAAAAGCUCAUCGAGCCAAGAAGCUGGAGGGAAACACCAGCGUGGAGGAGCUCAAAAAGAAACCUCUAGGAGCUGCUGUGAAGAAGGAAACGGCUGUGCAUCUACCAGCAGCAAACCCUGAGGACCAGUGGCAGCGGGAGAUCAGCGAGAAGGGAGAAGUCGCCUGUCCCACCUGCAGUGUUAUAACCAGGAAAACUAUCGUGGGGCUCAAAAAGCACAUGGAUGUGUGCCAGAAACUGCAGGAUGCCUUGAAGUGUCAGCACUGCAAAAAGCAGUUCAAGUCCAAGGCCGGGCUGAAUUACCACACCAUGGCUGAGCACGUCAGCAAGCCUGUUCCUGUGGAAACCCCUGGACUUGGUGAGCAGGAAGAGCGGGAAAGGCUGAGGAAAGUGCUAAAGCAGAUGGGAAAACUGAAAUGCCCCAAUGAGGGCUGCGUGGCCAACUUCUCCAGCCUGAUGGGCUACCAGUACCACCAGAAGCGGUGUGGGAAGCAGCUGGCCGAGGCCGACAAGCCCGUGUUCAGCUGCCCACACUGCGGCAAGAAGUACAAGUCCAAGGCUGGCCACGACUACCAUGUGCGGUCAGAGCACACGGCCUCGGUGAGCCCCCCGGAUGCCUCCACAGCCCAAGGAGUGGGGCCAUCCCCCCCCACGGGGGACUGCAGAGCUGCAGAGCCUCUGGGCAGGACAGAGCCGGGCAAGGCAGGUGCAGAUCCUCCGGAGGAGCCAGAGGUGAAGCCAGAGCCUGGUCCCAUAGAAGAUUUCGAAAGGACCCCGAGCGGCCGCAUCCGUCGGACGUCGGCACAAGUGGCUGUUUUCCACCUUCAGGAGAUAGCCGAGGAUGAGCUCGCCAAGGACUGGACCAAGCGGAGGAUGAAGGAUGACCUGGUGCCUGAAACAAAGCGGCUCAACUACACCCGACCGGGGCUUCCAAAGCUCAAUCCCAGGCUGCUGGAGAACUGGAAGAAUGAAGUGAAGGAGAAGGGCCGCAUCAACUGUCCCAACAACUGCUGUGAAGCCAUUUACUCCAGUGUCUCGGGGCUGAAAGCUCACCUGGCCAACUGCAACAAGGGGGACCACUCGGUGGGCAAGUACCGCUGCCUCCUGUGCCAGAAGGAGUUCAGCUCCGAGAGUGGGGUCAAGUACCACAUCAUCAAGGCUCACUCCGAGAACUGGUUCCGAACCUCCUCAGAGGCCAGCCGGAAGAAGAAGAGCAGGGAACCCCUUUCCUGCAGCAAAGAGGAGAAGAAGAAAAGCACAAACGGGAAGAAAAGGGGGAGGAAACCCAAGGAGAGGCCUCCGGAAACGUCCCCGAAGGGCAGAGAGGCCGUGGCAGCAAAGACUAAUCACAAGAAAACCCUCGAGCACUGGGAAGGCUCCAGAGGCAGCCCCGAGGGGGACGAGCGUGGCCCCAAGCCCCCGAGCCAGCGCAAGGCAGGAGCCAGUAAGAUGCCUGAGAAGUGAGCAGCUCAGAGACUCCUCUCCGAGGAUUCGUUUACAGCCCAGGGUAACAGGGUGGGGGGGUCCCGGUUUUCUGUCCCCCCCCUUCCAAUCCCACCUCCCCCCCCCCCCCCCCCUUUUUACAA